AAUUUGGGGAUUUGGGGGGAUCUGUUUUGGGGUGCAAGGAAGGGUGUGAGAGGGCUCCGUUUAGGGGUGCACGGAUGGGUUCAAGUGGGUCUUGUUUGGGGCUGCGGGAGGGCUGCGAGUGGGUCCUAUUUGGGUGUGCAGGGGGGUGCGAGCGGAUCCUGUUUGAGGGCACUGAUUGGGUCCUGUUGAGGGGUGCCAGAGGGUGAGCAGCCUGGGAAGGGGAUGCAAAUGGACCCUGUUUGGGGGUGCCCCUGACCUUUUUCCCCUCCCCAGGGCCAGCCCAAGGAUGGCGGAGGGGAGCUCGGGUGACGCAGGCUCACCGGGCAGCCUGCGGCCAGGGCUCCCUGGGGCGCGAGGGCUGCUGGGAAGGCGUCCAGUUGCCACCGCUGUCAGCCCGGGGCGCCUGCCCUCCAUCCGUUCCCGAGAUCUCACCCUGGGCGGCGUGAAGAAGAAAACCUUCACCCCCAACAUAAUUAGCAGGAAGAUCAAGGAAGAGCCCAGGGAGGAUGUGACGGUCAAGAAGGAGAAGAAGGAGCGGGAGCGGGACCGGCAGCGCGAUGGGCACGGCCGGGGCCGGGGCCGGCCCGAGGUUAUCCAGUCCCACUCCAUCUUUGAGCAGGGCCCUGCUGAAAUGAUGAAGAAGAAAGCAGGCUCCUGGGACAAAACAGUGGACAUGUCGGACUUUGGCCCUUCCCACAUCAUCAACAUCAAGAAGGAGAAGAGGGAGACGGAUGAGGAGACGAAGCAGAUCCUGCGGAUGCUGCAGAAGGACGACUUCCUCGAUGAUCCAGGGCUGAAGAACGACAUCCGUAACAAGCCGGUGCAGCUGCCGCUGGCCCACUCAGGCUGGCUCUUCAAGGAGGAGGUGACAGAGCAGGAGGAGGAUGCCCAGCUCUGGCUGCCUGGCCCCAAGGAGGAGAAGAUGGAGCUGGACCCACCAGUGGUGAAAGUGAAAGAAGAGCCGUGUGAUGAGGACCCUCUCCGCAAGCCGGCCCAAACCAAGGGACCCCUGGGUUUCCCCCGGGAUGUCUCGGUGGCCGAGCUGCUGCAGCAGCUGAGCUUGUCGGCUGAGGAGGAGCUGCUCUUCCUGCAGCUGCCGGACACGCUUCCCGGCCAGCCGCCCACCCACGACACCAAACCCAUCAAGAUGGAGCUGCAAAAUGAGGAAGGACAAAUGAUGGUGGUGAAGCAGGAGAAGAGCCAGGAGGCGAAGCAAGCAGAGAAUAUCUGCACCCUGGCUGACCUUCCUGAGGGGCAGGUGGGGAAACUGCUGAUCCGAAAGUCAGGAAAGGUGCAGCUGGUGCUGGGCAAUGUGACCCUGGACGUGACCAUGGGGACUCCCUGCUCCUUUCUACAGGAGCUGGUGUCCGUCAGCAUCGGGGACAACCGGACAGGCGAGAUGAUUGUCCUGGGCCACGUCAAGCACAAGUUGGUUUGUUCCCCGGACUUUGAGGCUCUACUGGAGCACCGGCACCGGUAGCCAGAGGGGAGCCAGGAGGGUCCCAGCCCCACAUCUCCACUCCAUGGGGAUACUCCCUGCACAGCUCUGAGAUGCCCCAGCUCUGCUCUCAGCUCCUCCAGCCUCACCUUUGGUAUGUGGAGAGGUGUCUUCUGCAGGUGUGGGAGCAAAGCCAGCUCCUACCUCCUUCCCAGCCCUGCUGUGGAGCAGCACCAGGACUGGGAGCUCUGGUUUUGUCCUCCAGAGGCUGUGGCUUCCUCCAUCUCACAGAUUUCUGGGGGUGCUACUCCGUGGUGUCCACCCCAGCUCUCUAGCAGGCGUGCACAUGCUGGGA